GUAACGCGCGCGCACACUCCGGUGCUGUCCUCGCGCGCUCCUGUGCGCUGCGGCGGUGUGAAGCGGAUGAGCAGCGCGCGCUGGGCGCUCAGUAUGGCGUUUCUCUGCUGAAGGACGGAACGCCGAGCACACCGCGCGCGCAGCGACGAUGAAGGCGAGGAUGAGGAUGAGGAGGGCGCUGUGCUCCUUCGCGCUCGCGCUGCUGCUGCUGGCCGGCUGUGUGUGGAGCGGAGCGGCGCAGGUCUCCACUGACCAGUGCAGCUGGAGGGGGAGUGGUCUAACUCAUCAGUCUCAUGUGCGGGAUGUGGAGCAGGUGUAUCUGCGUUGUUCUGAAGGCUCUCUGGAAUGGCUCUACCCUACCGGAGCGGUCAUUGUCAACCUGAGGCCCAACACGGACCCCCUGCUGACCCCAAAACAUGCACAGAUGGUGUGCCUGCGGCCGCGGCCCGGCUCCAGUGGCGCCUCCGUUUACCUGUGGCGAGACGGUGAGCUGACACUGCUGCUGAGCGAAGAAGAUCAGGCGGCUGGCCGACAGCGCUGCUUUACCCUCCAGCAGCAGAGGGCGCUGUUUAUAGAGGCUACAGCACACACCGACAUCAGCAAGAGGGUCACCGCCUUCCAGUACCAGCUGAUCAACGGAGAGACUGGAGACCAACCGUAUUCACCCACAGCUCCAUGCAGACCCUGCACUGAUGAGCAGAUUCUCAUGGCUGUCUGCACCAGCGACUUUGUGGUGAGGGGCAGCAUCCAGGUCAUAGAACAAGCUGAUGAUGAUGAAGAAGAUCAGGCAUCGUUGGUGGUGUUGUCAAGUCGUGUGUACCGUCAAAAGAAGCGUGUGUUUGUACCGGCAGGUGGUGGAACCCGCGCAAGCAGCCGAUGGACGGGUCAUGUGAAGGUUCCGCGGAAGUGUGGUCUGAGGAUAGAACAGGGAGUGGAGUUCCUGUUCACUGGAUCAGUGAUGUUUGGGGAGGCGUGGCUUGGCUGUGCUCCACGAUAUAAGGACUUCCUCCAGGUAUACCACUCCGCCAUGGAGGCAGGAAGCAACCCCUGCCAUAUAGACACAGACUGACCACGCCCACCUUAACUGGACCAUGCAGAGUGCGGACACGGGCUCAGAACAAACCUCUGAGGGUUUUACAAAGCAGGACAUUACUGUCUUUAGAAAACCUCAUAGCUCUGUUUGGCUUUUGUACAUAUAUUUUUUUUCACCAUUUGGAAAUUUGAGCUGAGAAGAAAAUCUUAUAAAUCCAUUUCUUUCCUUUCCUCGUUUAGUCGUACCCUGAUUAUUGGAUCAGUGGAAAUUUUGAGCAAAAGCAGACUUUUUAAAAUGUAACUGCCAAUAGUUGUGGUUGGUUAGUGUAGUGGUUAACACCUCUGCCUUCUAUGCUGUAGAGUGGGGUUCAAUUCCCCGCCUGGGUAACCACCCUACACUACACCAAUAAGAGUCCUUGGACAAGACUUCUAACGCCACCUUCGCCUACCUGUUUAAAAAAUGAUCAAACUGUCAGUCGCUCUGGAUAAGAGUGUCAGCCAAGUGCUGUAAAUGUAAGAUGCUGAGAAAGCUUUUCAUUCUCCUAUAGAGAUAGUAAGAUAGUGUUUUCCUAUGAAGAUUUCUCAGCUUAGCCAGAAAACUACAAAGGAAUUACCUGUGCCAGUGUGUAUAUCUCAAAUAUUGUUCAUCAGCCAAGAUCCAUCUAUAAAGUGGAAAAGAAAAAUCUGACUAAAUUCAGCCUUAAAGAUGGUUGCUACUGUUUUAGCUAUGCUAAUGUACUUCAGUACAUGUUUAUAAAUAACUGUGCCAUACAGUGUCAGAAAGUCUGCUAGAAAUCACAGAACAAGUCAACAUGGUUUGAGGCAACUGUGACCGUUUACGUGUACAGUUAGCACCAUGCUAAUUGGUGUACAUAAGGUUUUAUUACCUAUUAGCUGCAUUAGCCUCAAAGCUCCAGCGCAGAACAAACUUCAGACACUUCGUCCAGCUUUUUGUGAAGUCAUGUUUUGUAAAAAAAUUGCCCUGGAUGAAGACAAAUAGAACGCAGUCGGAGACUUAUGGGUGGGAAAAUCAGUCCCUGAGAAGCUGAUUGGAUGGUGUUUACAUUUGAUUGACAGCUGUUGGACAUUGUGUUAAGGCCUUUCCCCUUGAUUAUGAAGAAGAGGGAGUUGUUUUGUUUGCUGCUUGUUUGAACGGCAUGCUCAGGUCAUUUCUGCCACGGCCUGACUCUGUCGUAGCUCAUGAGGCAGUGUGUCUUCCACAUGUGUACAGUAGGGCCGUCAGUUCAAAUCGUGGCAAAAAUGAUGAAAGGUUUUAAUGUCUACAUUGAUAAAAAUUGGAGUUUUAUUAUGAUAUUGCUCUGUCAAUCGCCUGUCAAAAGUUUCCAGAUAAACUUUAAGGACAACACAGUCAUUUUCAGUCAGGCAAUUUGGGCAUAUAGAAAUCCAACAAUAUUAACAACAAUGGGCCUCGUUCACCAACCAUUCCUGAGAAGAAAUUUCUUUUUAAAAUCUACUUGCACAGUUUUCACGAAGACUCCGACAUUCACCAGUGUUUUCUUAUUCGGGAUUUGUUCUUAGGUAAGAACAGAAUCUACACACACUCAAGAACACAAAGGUGAGAACAGUUCUGCGGUUUAAGAACACGUCAUGACUCUGACGUAGAAUUUUUCUUAGAAUUUUUCUCAAGAACAAAUUUAAGAAAAAAUGUAAUAUGUUGGUGAAUGAGGACCAAUGACUGGUAAUGUGAAUGUGGGCUUGGCAGCCCUAGUGUACAGCAGAGAGCAUUCAGCAGUGCUUUUGUUGGAAAGCUUUGUGUAUAGUUAGAGCAGUCGAUUUUUCUGACUGACGUUGAGUUAUUUGGUGUGUAUAUAUGUUUGUGUUAAUGUGCAUGUACAGUUUUUUUUUCCCGUCAAACUGUAUUAUUUAACCAGGAAUAAAACACCCCUGGAAAUGGC